AUGGAUAACGAGGUCGAUGCGCGCGACAUUGCGGCUCUCUUGGCGGAGCUGCAGGAUGUCACUGGGGCGAGUGUGCUCGAGGAUCAGCAGCCCAGCGCUAAUGCGGUAUUUAGCGGGCACCGCCGCGGCAGCGCCGGUGAGGGAAGAGCAAGUAGUAACACGACAACCCAUCAUCGUGUAAGUGCCACGGGCCGCCCAGGACACCGUCCAAGCUCUACCGCAGCUGCAUCAGGCUCUUCAGCCUCUAUCGGCUUCUCCACAUACAACUCAGCCGACACAGGGCUCACAGAUGCACAGCUCAACUCGCAUCGCCUGUCUGCCACGCCACUUGGUGUGCGACUGACACCUCUAGGCGGCGGCAACGCUGUAGUCGGCCUUGCUUCCUCGCCACCAGCGCUGCUGGAGCCCCAGCCAGCUCUCCCUCCGCUGCCCAGCCUUGGACCUCACGGAUCAGGGGUCGGCCACAGCAGCGGUACGGAGGUCGGAGGGAAUCUGGUCGAGGUGGCCCCAUCGCCUGCUCUUACUGGUGUGUUCCCGUGGCCCACAUCGAGCGAUGCGUCCGCCGGCGGCAAGGAGAGCCCGUCGUCAAAGGCCACCCCUAUCGCUGCCGCUGCUGCUGCCACGGCGUCGCCGUCGAUACCUGAGGCUCCGCGCGACGUGAACUUCCUGCCGAUCAUGUGUGCGCGCUAUCUCCGCCCAGUCGGGGUGGCACCAACUGCCCGGUUGGGCCACACCCUCACCCCUGUCACACCCGACACGAUGCUUCUCUUCGGCGGUCUCGAUCUUCACGGCGAGGAGACGUCGUCGCUCAUGGCCUUCAACACGACCACCAUUUCGUGGGAACCCCUCUAUACCUUGUCAACGGCCCCGGUGGCGCGCCACAGUCACGCCGCCUGCGCCUAUGAGGGACGGUACCUCAUCAUCAGCGGCGGCGUCGCGCAGAACGGGGGCACAAUUCUGAGUGACGUACAUCUCUACGACCUGCACACGCAUCACUGGCGGUGUGUGUGGAACGGGCAGCGGGAUGGAUCGACGGAGAACCACAACGAGCCCGGUCCACGCUUCGGGCACACAAUGGUGCUGCAGGAGGACCGGCUUUACGUGUACGGAGGCAAAACUACGAGUGAGUCACGCCAGCAUACACAGCGCGGCUCCGACGCCAGUAGUGCGGUUGCCACGACGACGGCAGUUACGACACUUGCAAGCGGCUCCGACGUGUACGUAUUCUCGCUGAGCAGCUACCGGUGGCGACGGCGAGUGCGGGCAGCGAAGGGGGGCCGCACCUCUUCUGCGGUGCAAGCGGCAGCAGCAGCAGCAACACAGAACACAGAGAAGCCUGGUGAAGACACGAAUGCGGGGAGUCAGCUGGCAGUGUGCACUCAUCCUGCCCCGCGCGCCUAUCACGCUGCGUGUAUCAAGGAAGGCAUCAUGUACAUCAACGGCGGCGCAGGGAGGUCGGAGGUACUCACCGACACCUGGGCACUCGAGCUGACUACGGGCGAAUGGCGCUGCUUGCACCGGGGCGGCACCACCGAUGCCACUCCACGCGAGAAGCACGCACUCUUCGUCUGCGGUGAGGCGCUGUUGCUUGUCGGGGGCUGCUGCAGUGGCGCCUCGCGGCACGAGCGCAUCACCGGCAAACUCACGCAUUUUACCGUUGUUUUGCCGCUGGUGGGGAUGGCAGUCAGUGCACCGUGUUGGCUACCGGUGGUGAUGGGCAAUACCUCCAUUGUGCAACCGCACAAGAAGAGCUUUGCUGCUGCGCUGACGGGCGGCUUCGUCUACAUUUUUGGUGGCGUGUGUGGGGCAGAGCCGGCAACGAACGCGAUGGUGCGCUUCCUGGCUGCAGAUGGCUACGUCUCAGCGAAUGACCAAGCAAUGGAGGCCGGCAACGUCGGCGACGGAGGUGCGCAGCAGCUCCGACUGAAACUUCAGCAGCUGCGGGAGCAGCAACGAGGCACACCGUUUGACUGCUACGCGUAUGCUGGCACAUACGGCAGUGCUGACGUGACGUCUGCGGUUGCGCAACUGCAAGCCCUGUGGGCUGCGAGGGCAGCCGGAGAGAAUGGGGGGCUGCAGAAACAGCAGCAGUACCAGAUGAAAGCCGGGGAGGAGGAUGCCCCGAUUGCUGGUCUGCAUCGCGUCAUCAUGUAUCAACGCGCGCCGCUCCUCCUUCAGCAGCUCGAGUGCUGCCGCUCGGAGCCGUACAGCUGCGGAAGCGGUGCCGCCUCGUCCGCUCCCAGCGCACAGCAGCAGCAACACCGCAUCCCGUCAGGAAGCGCCGAUGACGCUGUCAGGCCCGGGGACCGCGAUGAGGUGGACGCACUCUUGCAACAGGUAGCCAAGGGACAGCGAGGCCGAAGCGAAAAAGCAGCCGAUCCAUCAUCUGCACGCCAGGACAACUCUUCUCUGGCAGGCACCUCGGCUGGCGGGACGGUUGGGCUGCCCGUGUACUUCACAAACGGCACGCCGCGGGUCCCUGGCUUAGCACAGCCGCUCACGGCCGAUGCCCUGCAGUGCCUCGUCGACUACAUCUACUGGGGUGGCCUGAAGGCCAAGUACCGUGUGCUGUUAGAGGAGAAGAACGAGGACAGCGGCGACGGUGCCGAGGCGAAUAGUGGCCACCCUACUGCAAGCUCCAGUACGAGCAGCUUCACGGUCGAGUACCGAGCGCGUCUCGUGCAGACACUGGAGAUCGUCAAGGCAGUUGGUGAGGCCUAUGCGCUAGCUCCUCUGGCUGCUCUCUGCGCGGGUCUACUGGUGGGUGAUCGGAUGCAGGUGCAGCUGGCACGGCGGCGGAGCAGCGAGCAGUUGCGCACCGACAUGGCCGCGCUUCUCAGAGCUCCGUCUACAGGCGCCAACACCACCAUGUUGGUUGUGGACCCGCACACGCAGGCGCAGUCGGUGCACGUGCUUCAUGCCUGCAUCCUACUCACUGCUAGCGAUCUCUUCACUGCGCUGCUGCGCCCGCUCUACCGCACCGCGAGCGGUGGGUCUGCGAGCGGUGGCACGUCGUCCAACCGUGUUGGCCUACUCGCAGCGAAGCUGAGCACGGCAGCAGCAGCCUCGCCGCUUGCGCUCCUUACGAGCACGUCCAAGAGGACUGUACUGAUCGGGCCAGUACCCUUACCACUGCCGGCUGUGCUGCCCAUCCUGCGGUACCUCUACACCCAGCAACUUGAAGCGCCUGCCGAGACCGCGUUCGAGGUGAUGCUCGGCGCGCAUCAGCUUGGCCUCACUGAGCUUCAAGCACUCUGCGAAGCCGUCGUGGCUCGAGAGGAGGUGAACUACCAGACGUGCUGCUCCCUCUACCACCUGGCACGCAAGUACCACGCGUCACUGCUAGAAGAAAUUGCGCUCUUGACGGCCGUCUCGGGCUUCGCCAUAGUGCGGUGCACCUCUGCCUACCAGUUGCUGACCAGUGAAGAGAAGCAAAACAUUGAAACCCUGGCAGCAGAGCUUGGGUCGUCGAGCUGGGUGCUGCCACCGCAGCCGACGACGGAGAUGAAGUCGAGGGCCGCCUACAAUGCCCGCUGGAACGCCUCGGCACCUUCGACACUGUAG